AUGCAAGGCGUGCUGCUUUCGGACAUUGCCGCUCUUGGAUCGCGAGAGCGGGCAUUGUGCCGCCGAGCUGGCUACGUGGAUGCGGAGCAACUGUUGCUGGACCAUGCAGGGACACUCGCGCAGCAGUUGUCUAUUUCAGAAUGGCAUGCGACACAUAUACAGCAAAUUGUCGAGCGUGCCGUCGCACCGCCCUUGCAGUGCGCAUGGGAUGCUCUUUCCGAAGUCGAAAAUGGAGGAGGAGAGACUACGUACGUCCCCGGCACACCAUGCGAGGACGAGGAGCCCCUGGAGAAGGGCAGGCCCGUCUCCAAAACGUCCUCCGAUCGCGUAUCGACAGGUGUGGUGGAGCUGGAUGCGUGUCUGGAUGGCGGAUUUAUGCGGGGCAUGAUCUCGGAGCUGGGGGGCGAGAGCGCGUCGGGCAAGACACAGCUUGCCUUGUACACAGCGACAUGCACGGCGCUGGGCCUUCCAGCGGAAAAGGGGGCGACAACGUCCUCCUCUUCGUGUGUGCUUCAGGGCGGGCGUGGUGAAGGUGUGAUUCUGCUCACAACAAAAGGCCAGACAGCCGCUCGGCACAUGGUCGACCGUAUGGUGGAAAUGACGCAAGCGUGUGUACGUGCAUGGCAUGAAGAGCAGCCAUGGGCCACAGUGACGCAGACGGAAGCUGUGAAUGUCAUGCUUCAGAAUGUGCAUGUGGCGUGUACCUCGACGUUUGACGCAGCUGAACAUGUGUUGCGGUACACAUUACCAGGCCUCGUCGCUCGGCGGGCGUCGAUGCAAGCACCGCCCUUUGCGUUGGUUGUAUUGGAUAGCGUGCCGCCCCUAUUGCAAGACGAUUCUCUGGAUACGACCCAGGGCUCUUCUGCGAUGGCGCGAAGUGUACGAGCGGGGCGGCUGCAUGCACUUGGCUUGUGGCUCAAGCAAGUAGCUGUAGGUCGCGCCCCUCAUACACCAGCGAUGGCCGUCAUCACGAUCAACCACGUCCACGAUGCGUUCGCCUACGAAGCAGCGCUUGUGCGACAGGCGUUGGCGCAAGGGACCUUGCCAAUGUCAGAAGCAGGGAUGGCGCGCUCCAUGCCUAUGUCUACGCUGAUAGACGAUGAGACGCCGCUUAUGCUGCCGAUGCAAGCGGCCCAUUUUUCGGGUCUGCUUGCGAGUGUCCCUUGCGCCGAGCACAGUGCGACGAUGGCAUCGUUUCAUGCUGACACAGAUAUCAAGAUGGCUCAACUGGGCCUUGUAUGGGCGAAUUGUAUCAAUGCCCGGUACUGGGUCGCGAUGCUGCCGCCCCCACCACCGUCGAUGUUGGCGCCUGCGGUGCUGGUACGCCGUCUGCGCGUGGUUUUUGCGCCGACAUGCACGUCGAGCACCAAGGAAGCGUUGUUUCUCGUAACACCUCGUGGCGUGCAAGGCUAUGUAACAUAG